AUGCAGCUCAAAAAGGAACCAGAGGAGGACGCUCUUCCUCCCAAGCCAACAAAACCCAUGACACCAGUAAACGGCAACGGUGUGAAAGAAGCCGCCAGCGGCUCAUUGCAAGAAGCAGAAUGGUACUGGGGAGACAUAUCAAGGGAAGAGGUGAACGACAAACUGAGAGACAUGCCAGAUGGUACUUUCCUAGUACGGGACGCCUCGACCAAGACAGGAGAUUACACACUAACGCUAAGGAAAGGUGGAAACAAUAAGCUAAUAAAGAUCUACCACCGUGAUGGAAAGUGCGGUUUCUGACCGCUCACGUUCAGCUCGGUGGUGGAGCUCAUCAGUCAUUACAGCGAGUCCCUGGCCCAGUACAACACCAAACUGGACGUAAAGCUCAUGUAUCCCGUCUCUCGCUACCAGCAGACUGGUGAAAGAGGACAACAUUGAUGCAGUGGGGAGAAACUCCAGGAAUAUCACAAUCAAUAUCAGGAGAAGAGUAAAGAAUAUGACAGACUCUCACGAGAGCACACAAAAACCUCACAGGAGAUCCAGAUGAAACGUACUGCAAUAGAGGCCUUCAAUGAGACGAUUAAAAUUUUUGAAGAACAGUGUCUCACGCAGGAACGCUACAGUAAAGAAUACAUAGAGAGAUUCCGCAGAGAGGGCAAUGACAAAGAGAUUGAAAGGAUCAUGAUGAACUACGAGAAGCUGAAAUCCCGACUUGGUGAGAUUCACGACAGUAAGACCCGGCUUGAACAGGACCUGAAAACACAGGCUCUGGACAACAGGGAGACGGACAAGAAAAUGAACAGCUUGAAGCCAGAUCUCAUUCAGCUCAGAAAAAUCAGAGAUCAGUACCUUGUCUGGCUCAAUCAUAAAGGCGUUCGACAGAAACGAAUAAACGAUUGGCUGGGAAUCAAAAACGAGAACACGGAUGACGCCUACUUCGUCAGUGAGGAGGAUGAGAAUCUGCCACACUACGAUGAGAAGAGCUGGUUUGUGGGGGACCUAAACCGAACGCAGGCAGAGGACUUGCUACACGGCAAACCUGAUGGAGCCUUUCUUAUUCGCGAGAGCAGCAAGAAGGGCUGUUACGCCUGCUCUGUUGUUGUGGACGGCGAGGUGAAGCACUGCGUCAUCUACAGCACACCCAGCUGCUACGGUUGCGAGCCCUACAACUUGUACAGCACUCUGAAAGACUUGGUCCUGCACUACCACCAGACCUCACUGGUCCAGCACAACGACUCGCUCAGCGUGCGGCUGGCGUACCCAGUGUAUGCACAGAUGCCCUCAGGCCCUCGGAGAUGAAGACUCGCCCCCCAAAAUUAAAAAAAAAACUACACUCAUGGGAGGGAGGAACAGUUUCUGAACAAAAAAAAAACAUACUAACAACAACAACAACAAAAAAAAAAAAAAAAAAACACUUGCUGCAACACACACGUCAGCCACCUUGGAGUUAUAUAUUUUUACAAGAACAAUUUGGAGGGCAUUCUUUCUAAGACUGCUUGAUUUGCACAAGGAAGUUUUAAAUGUUUGUGAAUGUGAAAAAGCAGAAGGAAGCAGAGGAGGCGAGUUUCAGGUGACCCGCGCUGCUACCUAAACUCCAGCUGGGACUUUUACAUGCUCCAUUUUUUAGUUUUUUUUUUUUUUUUUUUUUUCCUGCCUCGAUUUUUCUCACAUCCUUCUAUUUUUCCAUUCAGCUGUUGUUUUUUCCUUUUAUUUUUUGUAUUGUCUUUGCAAAAUUCUUAACUAUAUGUAAGGCAGGAAAAUUAGUUUGUUUAGGUGUCUCCAUCUCUCUCUUUAAGUGUUUAAAAAAAGGCAAAAACUGUAGCAAACAGAUGACUGACACUUUCCAGAGUGUUCUCAAAGUGACUGCUGCUGAACGAGGGGUUGAGGGAUGGUUUGGGAGGGCACAGGUGAAAAUGUGUUGUAGUCUUAAAAACAAAAGCUUGUUUUAACACUAACCUUAGAGGGAGUUUUUUUUUUUUUUUUUUUUUUUGUCUUGUCCUUGUUUUCAGUUUGGCUGGAUCAAAAGUUUUGUCCUUUCCUAAGCAGUUAAGAUCGCUACAGCUCAGUGCAGAGACCAAAGUUGGCAUGGGGAGGACUUUUUUUUUUUUUUUUUUUUUUUGUUACUAAUGAUUAAAAUUGGCUUGUAUUAAUUGAGCGAAAUUAUACUUAAUACACCUAGUUUGCAAACUACUUAAAAUAGUUUGGAUCUGUGUACUGUGAACAGAAGCUCCA